AGGGCAGAAUGAAUAGUAUUGAGAGAAUCAGUAACGAGAUGGGUGGAGAGAAUCGGUAACGCUGAACGGGAUAAAUGAAUAAAUAGGUAACAGGAAUACAGAGAGUCAGUUAAGAGGGAGAAUAAGAGAGAGAAUCAGCAACGGGAAUAGGAACAGGAAGAGCGAGCGAGCGAGCGAGAGAGAGAGAGAGAGAGAGAGAGAGAGGAAUAUAGAGAUAUAGAGUCAGUUGUAGAGUUGUGCAGAGAGAAGUCAGUUAACAGGGAGGGGGAGAGAGUGAGUGAAUCAGUAAUAGCCUUAGAGAGGGCGAGCGAGAGACAGUCAGUUUCUGAGAGAGUAUGGCAGAGAAGCAGUAAAGAGAAAGGGGACGAAAUAGAGAUAAUUGGUAACAAGGAGAGAGGGAGGCGGUCGGUUCAUUAAUCCGUGUCCGGUGGCUCCGCGUCCUUUGCAACUUGGGCUGCUGGGCUGGGAGUGCCUGGGUGUCCCGGACCAGGCCGGGCCGGGCCUGUCUCCGCCCCUCCACAGCUCCCGGACCGGCCGCGCUGAUGGCGCAGACGAGAUGCUGCGGAUGUUCCGAGGAUAUGGAGGUCGUGAUGUUCACCCGUGUUUUAGAUGAAGAAAAGAACGUUAGCUAGAUUGAUCCAAAGAGCAUCAUUGAGGCAAUUACUGUGCAAAAGGAAUUGCACGCCUUCGCCAGGAUGAAGAAAAUCAGCCUUAAAACCAUCAAAAAAUCCUUCAAUUUGAGCAAAGGCAAAGAUGAAAAUGAAUUUGUGGUCGUCCAGCCGUCGUCGCUUGUGAAUGAUUUUGGGAAGGAGGAUUCUCUGUUUAGUUGUUAUGGGAAAGAUCUGGCUGGUAAUGAUAUAAACAAAUCUGACGAGGAUGACAAAGGACCAAAAAGUAAAACAAAAGGUGAAGGUUUGAUGGGCACGCUAAAGAGGAGGCUCUCUGCAAAGCAGAAGCAGAAGCCUAAAGGAAGUUCUCCUUCUGUCGGCUUCGUGGAGGAUGAUCGAUUUUCCUCCUCUUCGACCCCUGCAAGCAUUAAUGAUUUAAAAGCGCAAAGGCCCUUAAGGUCCACAUCGCUUCGUGGACACCAUUACAGCCCUACCCCUUGGCCAUUGCGAUCGACUAGCUCUGAAGAGACGUGUAUUAAAAUGGAAGGCAAAGUUAAGGCGUUGGUUCAUAAUAAUAGCCCGAAUCAGGCAUUAAAUGGAGUUCGAAAAGAGUUCCAUGACAUGCAGACGGACCAUAUGUUUCAGGAACAGAGCAACACAGUCAAGGAAAUUGACUCUCAAAAUGGCAACUCCCAUUCAAAUAUUGAUGAAUCUUGUCAUGUUCCUGUUGUAAUUGGAUUAAUGCCUCAGAACUACAUUCAAUACACAAUGCCUUUAGAUGAUGGAAUGUAUCCUAUGGAAGGGUCACGUAGUUAUUGUCUUGACAAUCCAUUGCCAAUGGAAAUUGCUUCAGUGCCAUCCCAUGUAUGCGGUAGCACACUACAGACUGAUGAAGGACAUAUGGUUCCAGAUUUAGUGGUUGCCUCUGAUAUCUUCUUGGACCCCCCUGUUAAUGGUCUUUUGAUUGGUACUACAGGAGUUCUCUUGCAGAACUCAAGCUCCAACCACACUGAUAUCCCUCCACUGUCUCCACUCCUACCUCCAGGCUCCAAUCAAAUGCAGUUGACGUUUCCGGGAUUUGUCGGUACAGCAGCCCAUGUAGCAGAAAGAGUACGCCAUCAUCUAAACUUUGAUCCAAAUUCUGCUCCAGGAGUGGGAAGAGUUUACGACUCUGUACAAAAUAAUGGUCCGAUGGUGGUCACAAGUCUCACGGAGGAACUGAAAAAACUUGCAAAGCAAGGAUGGUACUGGGGCCCCAUAACACGGUGGGAGGCAGAGGAGAAGCUUGCCAAUGUGCCUGAUGGAUCUUUUCUUGUGCGUGAUAGUUCUGAUGACCGAUAUCUUUUAAGCCUGAGUUUUCGUUCUCAAGGCAAAACUCUUCACACUAGAAUAGAACACUCAAAUGGCAGGUUUAGCUUUUAUGAACAGCCUGACGUGGAAGGACACACAUCCAUUGUAGAGCUGAUUGAGCAUUCAAUUAAAGACUCUGAAAAUGGAGCAUUUUGCUAUUCUAGGUCUCGCCUACCUGGCUCUGCAACGUAUCCUGUAAGACUAACAAAUCCAGUUUCCCGGUUCAUGCAAGUCCGUUCACUACAAUAUCUCUGCCGUUUCGUUAUCCGUCAAUACACUCGAAUAGACUUAAUUCAAAAAUUGCCUCUGCCAAACAAAAUGAAGGAUUAUUUGCAGGAAAAGCACUACUGAGAAGUUUUGAAGUCUUGCAGAUUGCACUUUUCAGAACUGGAAUGCAUUGGAAUAUUUUUUUUAAAUAUAAUUUAUCGAAAAUUAGCUGAAAAAAAAUCAUUGUUUAUUUGAAGAUGUUCCUUCAUUUUGUAAUCACGGGCCUCUGUUUGUUAAUGAAUCUCCCCCCAGUCCUUCCACCGUGUGCCCAUCCAAAACUUAGCCCAGCCUAUUUUCAAAGUAAAGUUGUCGAGGUCUAGCAGUAUUUUCUCACCUGUGGAAGAAGUACUGAAGCUUGUCCACGCCUAAUUUUUGUACAUUUUACACUAUUAACUCCAGGUUUCUAUCCUUGCCAUCCGGAUCUAUAAAAGAAUCAGUGGAAUAAACUCCCUGGACCUGUCAGAUAACUAAAAGCAAUGAUUAGAACUCAACAUUUUGCUUCUCAACACCUUUUGUUGAACUCCCACUAAUUGGUAAUGAUAUGGAUGAUAUUGAAGCUUUGGUCAUUAAUUAUUUAGCUGUACAUUUAUACAUUGAAAUUGAAUAAAUACCUUGGUAUAUUCUCGAUA